CGUUGCUAGGACUCUAUAUCAAAGCAAUCUUCUCUUCUGUUUCAUUUUGUGAAGCGUUUCUCUUGUUCCUAACAAAGCCUUCCUCUACCAAAUUGUUCUUGUUCGUCACGCCUCAAUGUCUCUGAACCAAGUCUGGGAGGCAGCUUCUGCGAGCCCUUAUUCUCCCCUUAUCGCGAAAGAUAGCCAGUUCUUCGUCGGCUUUAGUCUCCUGCUUGCUGCCUUCAUACUUACUGGUCUCUUUGGAUUGAACCGUUCAUUCACCAGCAUUGCCCUGUUCGGCGUCCCAGCAUCGCUGGCGUUUGGCUUCGGAGCCGUCUAUAUGAUCUGUGCCGUUGGAGUUUACUUGAAAACCAAAAAAACGAAGCAUAUAUCUACACCACCUUUCCAGAAAACCAUGGCGGACGUGGAACCCAUCUUCACCGCCGUCUCCAGCAACGCCCACCACCUCUACACCCUCCUCCAAUGCAUCGGAUUCGCGCCCAAGGCCACCGUGCAGCUCACGCCCGACGGCAUCCGCUUCUCCGUGGAAGAAACCCGAACGGUGCAGGGGCUUGCAUUCCUCGACAAGGCCCUCUUCACCAGUUACACCUUCAAUCCACCACCAGCCGCAGCUCGCACCCCCACCGACGAGCAUAGCAGCAACCAUGAUGACACCGAGCCCCCCUCCACCGACGACCCAACCUCCUACUACCCGUGCUUCGAAGUCUCGCUCACCGCCCUUCUCGAAACGCUCAAGAUCCUCGGCAUCAACGACAACUCCACAUCCGGCGGCAGCGGCUCCUCCCGCGCCGGCAGCGUGCAACCGGCCCCUUCCCACAGCGCCUUCACCACGCCAGCCCUCCUCCUCGACCGCUCGUGCACCCUCCGCUACGCCACAGAAGGCAGCCCCUUGAGCAUCACGCUCACCGAGACCGGCAUCCAGACCACCUGCGAAUUAACCACAUACGAGCCCGAAGGUGGCGAGAUCGAAAUCCCCUUGCAACGCGACGCGAUCAUCAUGAAGAUCAUCAUGCGGUCGGCCUGGCUCCACAACGCCAUCACCGAGCUGGCAGCCACGGACCCGACCGUCCUCAAAAUCUCGGCCUCCGCGACCCACGAGCCGUUCUUCGCGUUGGCCGGCGCCGGCGGCUCGUUCAGCGAGUCCUCCGUCGAGUUCUCCGUCGAGAAUCAGCCCCCCACCGCAUCCGGUGCCGCUCCCCGUGAGGAUAAUGAUGAGGGUGCCUCCCGCGCGAAACGAGCCCGCCUCGCCCCGACUGUCACCGAGACAUUUCUGGUCAGUCCACCCUCCUCGUCAUCGUCGAAGGGGGGGUCGCAGCACAUCCGACAGGAUUACAGGUUCAAGGCGAUCCAGAAAGCGAGCCGCGCGAUGGCCGUGGCGAAUAAGGUCAGUAUACGGGGCGAUCGGCAGGGGGUGCUGAGCUUGCAGUUCAUGAUCGAGUCCGAUGUCCAUGCUGGCACCAGUGGGGCGAGGUUGUCGGCUAGAGGGGGUUUGGCGCCUGUGGUCAGUUUCGUAGACUUUCGGUUCGUGCCGUUGUUGGAUGAUGACGCGGAGGUUCUUUAG